GUCCUUCAGGAGGAUCCCCUGCCACUGGCUUUCUUUGUCCACGAUGCUGAGAUCGUCUCCUCACUGGGGAAGACGUUGGAGUCCCAGGCAGUGGAGACUGAGAAGGUCCUAGACAUCAUCUACCAGCCACAGGCUGUCUUCAGAGUCCGGGCCGUGACUCGCUGCACCAGCUCCUUGGAUGGUCACAGUGAGGCAGUCAUUUCUGUGGCCUUCAGCCCCACGGGAAAGUACCUGGCCAGUGGCUCUGGUGACACCACCGUGCGUUUCUGGGAUCUCAGCACAGAGACACCACAUUUCACAUGCAAGGGACACAGACACUGGGUCCUUAGUAUAUCGUGGUCUCCAGAUGGCAAGAAGCUGGCCUCAGGCUGCAAGAAUGGCCAGGAACCCUGAGUGCCGCUAUGUGGCCAGCAGCUCCAAGGAUGGCAGUGUGCGGAUCUGGGACACAACUGCAGGCCGCUGUGAGCGCAUCCUCACCGGGCACACCCAGUCGGUCACCUGUCUCCGGUGGGGAGGGGACGGGCUUCUCUACUCUGCCUCCCAGGACCGCACCAUCAAAGUCUGGAGGGCUCAUGACGGUGUGCUGUGCCGGACUCUGCAAGGCCACGGCCACUGGGUGAACACCAUGGCCCUCAGCACUGACUAUGCCCUGCGCACCGGGGCCUUUGAACCUGCUGAGGCCUCAGUUAAUGCCCAAGACCUCCAAGGAUCCUUGCAGGAGUUGAAGGAGAGGGCUCUGAGCCGAUACAACCUCGUGCGGGGCCACGGUCCAGAGAGGCUGGUGUCUGGCUCAGAUGACUUCACCUUAUUCCUGUGGUCCCCAGCAGAGGACAAAAAGCCUCUCACUCGGAUGACAGGACACCAAGCUCUCAUCAACCAGGUGCUCUUCUCUCCUGACUCCCGCAUCGUGGCUAGUGCCUCCUUCGACAAGUCCAUCAAGCUGUGGGAUGGCAGGACGGGCAAGUACCUGGGUUCCCUACGUGGCCACGUGGCUGCCGUGUACCAGAUUGCAUGGUCAGCUGACAGCCGGCUCCUGGUCAGCGGCAGCAGUGACAGCACACUGAAGGUGUGGGAUGUGAAGGCCCAGAAGCUGGCCAUGGACCUGCCCGGCCACGCGGAUGAGGUAUAUGCUGUUGACUGGAGUCCAGAUGGCCAGAGAGUGGCAAGUGGUGGGAAGGACAAAUGCCUCCGGAUAUGGAGGAGAUGAGAAGGCCUGCAGUUCUCUCUGACCCCCACCUGGACUCGGCCUCUGCCAGCCGCCUUUCCUGCCAGAGAACAAAGACUCAGGUGGCAGCGCACACACCCUUCCCACCAGUGGGGACCUGAGAAUGCGCAUGGCCUGCUGUCCUCGACAGACCCGAGUGGGGUCUUCCCACAGAUCCCCUGCUUGUGGCACACCCCAGAGCCAGAAAUCGAAGGUCACAGGAAGUUGUCACCGAACUUGGCCUGUGUCUGCUGCUCUAUACCUUACUGGUACAGACGGGGGUGGUGGGCGGCCAGGCUCUGUGAGUGGGCCGCUAGUGUCAACUCUGUACAGGGUCAGACCCCAGGUUCUAUGACCAAAUAAAUAACUUAUGUUUUGUGUGUUGGGUUCCAAUUCCUUGUCCUAGAAUCCCCAGAACUCAAUCAAGGACUGUGCUAAAUCAGAUUGUCCAGCCCCCUCCCUUGCACUGGACUACGCCAAAACCACACUGACCAGGCACUUGCCUUCCCUGUCUUCCCCCGUGUCGGUAAGAGAGAGGCCAGUCGUGAUAGUGGCCAAGGAGAAUCUAGGGCUGUAUUGUUGUCCACUGCAGUAGGCACCGGCCAUAUGUGGCUGCUGGCAUGAAAUAGAAGUGCAGUUCCUCUGCCACACGGGGUAAGGCCUCCAGUAUUGGACAGCACACAGAAAGGUUUUCGUCAUUAAGAGGGUUCUGCUGGCCAGCCCUGCUCUAGGGGACACCUCUGCCUUCCCGUAGCACACUGCCUGAGGCCCUGCCAGGCACCAAGCACUUCCCUGGGCCCUCAGGAUAGAGCGGGGAAGAUGAUGGUUCUUCCAGAGGAUUCCCUCAGAUGGGGAGGCAGCAGUAAGCUCUGAGCCCAAGUGGGUAUGGUUGAUAACAGAGGAUAGUUCUCUGCCACAUGAAAACUUUCAAGUGAUGAAAGGAAUUCCCAUCAGGACUCAGACCGCAGGCCGAGAUCUUGCCCUGCAAGCACCCUGCCUCCGCUUUCUCCUGCAUCCCAUGCUAAGCUGGGUCAUGGUAUGAACUACUCAGAUUGGAUUUCCAAACCAUCCUUGUAUAAACUGCUCAGAACUAG